AAGAAGCGCGAUCACUUUAUUGCGCCUAGAAGUGUCGGGGUGCCAGACCCGGAAAACCAAAGGGCACUUGAUUCGUGCGAAGGAGAAGAUAAACCAGCCCCCCCGUGGCCCCGUUACCCCAGUGGUGUGGCCGUCGUGUCGUGUUUGUGUGUGUGCGAAGCGCUCUGUGUACGUGUGCCUUUUCCGCUCCCGGGUUACCGCGGUUGGGAGUGUGGCGUGUGCGCUUUUGCCAAUGUAUUGACGGACCGUGAUCGAUUACCGUGGCCGCGCUUCGAAGUGCGUGAAGUUUUUCGUGAUUCCUCUGUCCUGUGCCUAGCUUGUUAUUAUUUCGGGUGCGUCAAGUGCGAUCGAACCCGUCUCAAGUAGUGGCAAAAGCCUUUGCCCCACAUCCACCAACAGCCGGGCCGUGCGUGCGAUAGUGAAUGCCGAAUGCUACUCGUGUAGCUCCUAUAUCGGCCAUCGUUUUACCGCAGUGAACACCGCUGGCUGCUCUAGUGUGUGCACAGUGUGAGGCAUCAAUCAGAGCAACCGUCGUCGCGCGGUAAGCAGCGAAACCCACAGCAAAAGAUGACACUGAACGAUGAGAAUGGGGCCAGCAGCAAUAAUGUGGUCGCCGCGAAUGGAACGGGAACCGGCUCAGACCGUACCGCUGUGGGAGUGGCCGGGAGUGCCGGGGGACCAGCAGCCGCUGCCAGCAGCAGUAGCAGCAGCAGCAUUUCCAGCUUAGGCCCGAAUGGGGGCAACGGCAACACGAAUAACAACAGUAGCAGCAGCAGCAGCAACAACGGCAAUGGGAACAACGUUCUACCAGCAGCGACUUCUAAUGGUAACAGUGGCAACAGGAACAACAGUGAUAGUAGUAGCAGCAAUAACAGCGUUAGUAACAACAUCAAUAACAACAACCCCAUAAGCAACGGGCUUAAUAAGCAAGGGCCACAGGCGGCCGUGGCGGGGGGGCCACUGGGCGGACAGCUACAGCAACAGUUGAGCAACUUGGAAAAGCGGCCCAGCAGCGGCCGGUUCAUCAUACCGAAGUAUAACGAAGUGGAAACGCUGCCACCGCUAAAGGACGCCGGGCCGGGCGAGCGAGAAGAGCUGUUCAUCCAGAAGCUACGCCAGUGCUGCGUCCUGUUCGAUUUCUCCGAGCCGCUGAACGAUCUGAAGUACAAGGAGAUCAAGCGCUGCGCGCUGCAGGAGAUCGUGGAGCACCUGACCAACCAGAGCAACGUGAUCACGGAGGCAAUCUACCCGGAGGCGUUCAAUAUGGUCGCGGUAAACCUGUUCCGCACCCUGCCGCCCUCAUCGAACCCGAACGGGGCCGAGUUUGAUCCGGAGGAGGACGAGCCGACGCUGGAGGUGUCGUGGCCGCACCUGCAGUUCGUGUACGAGCUGUUUCUUCGGUUUCUCGAGUCGCCCGACUUCCAGCCGAGCGUGGCCAAGCGCUACAUCGAUCACAGCUUCAUCCUGAAUCUGCUCGAGCUGUUCGACUCGGAGGACCCGCGGGAACGUGACUUUCUCAAAACGGUCCUGCACCGGGUGUACGGCAAGUUCCUCGGGCUGCGGGCCUUCAUCCGCAAGCAGAUCAACAACAUCUUCUACAAGUUUAUCUACGAGACCGAGCACCACAACGGCAUCGCCGAGCUGCUGGAGAUCCUGGGCAGUAUUAUCAACGGGUUCGCGCUGCCACUGAAGGAGGAACACAAGCAGUUCCUGCUGAAGGUGCUGCUGCCGCUGCACAAGGUCAAGAGCCUGUCGGUGUACCAUCCGCAGCUGGCGUACUGCGUGGUGCAGUUCCUCGAGAAGGACGCCAGCCUGACGCAGCCGGUGAUCAAGUGUUUGCUCAAGUUCUGGCCCAAAACGCACAGCCCGAAGGAGGUGAUGUUUCUGAACGAGCUGGAGGAGAUACUGGACGUGAUCGAACCGGCCGAGUUCCAGAAGGUGAUGGAGCCACUGUUCCGCCAGAUCGCCAAGUGCGUCUCGAGCCCCCACUUCCAGGUGGCCGAACGGGCACUGUACUACUGGAACAACGACUACAUCAUGUCGCUGAUCACGGAAAACUCCAAAGUCAUUCUGCCGAUCAUGUUCCCGGCCCUGUACAGCAACAGCAAAUCGCACUGGAACAAAACGAUCCACGGGCUGAUCUACAACGCGAUCAAGCUGUUCAUGGAGAUGAACCACCGCCUGUUCGACGAGUGCAAUCGGAAGUAUCAGGCCGAGAUGGAGACUGAGCACGAGAAACUGGCGCAGCGCGAAGAGCUGUGGCAGCAGAUGGAAGAUUUGGCCGUGCGGAACAGCAAAUUGGGGCUGCACGACGACGACGACAACAAUGAUGGGGAUCGCGCGGCGACGGGCUCCGGUGGGCGAUUCGGUGUGCCCGGAAGCCAACAUCGUCAGCUAACUAACGGAGGGACCGACGCUGCUGCUGCUGGGCGCAUUGCCGGUGUCUCCUCCUCGUCGUCCUCGUCCGGCUCAUCAUCCGCUUCGUCGUCGUUGUACGAUCGUCGAUCGAUGCAGCAUAGCACUUAAUAGGCCCACCAGCAGCACCAAUCAGCAGCAGCAGCGGCGGGUGGCCAAUCGGGUAGGGUGGGUUGGAGCAAAUUGUUGUUGUUACUCUACCAUAUUAUACCAAUUUUAUCGCAGCACCCGAACAAAGCGAGCCCCCCCGUGGGAGACAGACACGUGGCCAGAGUGUGGCUGCCCUGUCGCUGCCGCGAAACGAAACACGCAAAUCGGAUCCCGCUGCAGAGACGCGGGCCGAUCGGAAUCGAUGUAUUUCUACGAAACUUCAAAUUUCCCGGCUUUUUCGAGGGACAAUUUUUGUUUUUCAUUUACAUUUUUUAAAGUAAUAAAUUAAUGAAGUUGUAAAAGAAAUCAUUAAUGGUGCACAAACGCGCCGACACCCGAGAGGCGCCGCAUUGGAAGCCGCACACACCAAGCUUGGGUUCUCUACACAAUGCUGCAUCUCGCGCGUGCGGCGGCGGUAAUCGAAUAGGGGUUUUGAUAAAUGGAAAAGAGCCACGCAGAAAUGGGUUUGUUCUCGUGCCGAUGCGCGGGAUACGAGGACGAAUCCGCUAAGGGCGCUUCGCGGAAACUAUGUAGACAACAAUCAAACGAACACAGCGGUGUAGUAGGGAUGUAGGGAAAUAUGGGUUCUCCUUGCCGGGAGUCAGCGAAACAACCGCAUGGCUUCGGCAAACAAAACCUUUUAUAAAUGUAACACACGCAUCGUGCAGCUAGCAAUGUUCGAUAUUAUCCUGCUUUCCUUGUUUGAUUCUCCUGUACUUUAUUUAAUCGCAUUAUCGUUAUCAUCUACUUAUGUUAUGUAAGGCUGUACAUUAGAAAGCGCACGCACAAAGUAUCAGUUCGUUUCCCCCCCUUUGGGCGCUGAUUAGGAUUUGCGCUCCAAUCCAUAUUCAAUUCACGGGCCCUCCGCGGUCCAGGUUUUCGGUCGAACUUAGUAUGUGUUCUUGUCCAACUUUUUCUCACCAUUUCCACCUUCUUAGUCUACCAUUUAUGUGCAUCCUUUCCUUCUUUGCUCGCUCGUGCCUUCGCCGGCCCACGAUUAUGUAUGUAACGUUUCUUGAUAUUGUUUUCCACACACACACACACACUCCACUCUACUAGGACCCUUUAGGCGUUAAGAGAGCAUGGCGGGUGAAGGCAAAGGAAAUGCUGCAGCGUGGCUGCGCGGCUACACGUACACGGAUUCCAAUAGUUGCAUAAGGGUAAUGGAGCGGAAUGGAAGCAAACUAUGGGGCUACAACACGAAAGCAACAGCGCGCGAUAGUGAAACUGUAAAAGUAAGUGUAAGAGGAUAUAAGCGAACGUUUGUAACGAUCGAUCGAGACGAAACAAUAACGGAGGAACGAGGAAACACAGGAAAAACUACCAAAACCACGGUUCACGUGUCGAUAAAAAUACAGACAGAGAGAGAAACAAAAAUCAAAGUUGUGCAAAUGUGCGCUUGAAACGAGCCACGAUCGCGACUGAUCGAGCUAUAUUCGUAUGUGGAGCGGCGCGAAAGGAGAACAAACUCUUCGCUUUACAUGUCUCGUGCGUGGUUGAUGUUGAAUUGCAAAACGCCGCGGAAGUGGACAAAUUUUAAGGUAAACGUGACGCGGAAAGAAGAAAAGCGGAAGCGAAUGAACGCGCAACGCAGUCAACGGCGAUAUAACUGUUAGCAUUUUACACUACUAAACCCACAAUAAAGCAACGCAA